AUGGAAAUUAAUGCCUCUUGUCGACACGUUUUGGCUGCUCUCUCGGAUGAACAACAGUUCAGUGAGAAGGAUUUUGAACAAUUAGUUUCGACAUCAAUACUCUCCAUUUUGAAAACAUCAAACAAACCUCUUCCUGAAAAAACACAAGAGGUGUUCAAGAAUAAUACAUCUUCAUUGGUACCCCCCAGUUUUGAUCAAAAGGCCGUCCAAUCGGCUUUAGUGUAUUUAAUUUUAGAAGCUGCCAAGCAUGAUAUUGCUGCCAUUGAACUCAACCAUUUACUGGAGGAUCAUUUUACGAAUCGGAACCGAUUGAACUACCUCGGUCAGCAAUAUGAAUUGUACAAAAACGAAAUUCGUGAAUUUGUUUUGAAGCAAAAAACAUUUGCUUUCCCAGAAAUUGUUGAGCUCGACUGGAGGUUAGAUUAUGUGCUGAAAACAAAUGAUGUCAAACAAAUCCACGAACCAGUUUACACUGUGAGAUUUAAAUGUAGGGACGGGCAAGAAGUAACAAUUUCAUGCAAUGCAGAGCAAUUACAAGAUUUGCAUUCUAAAAUUAAGGAUGCCACAAAGCAAGUAGAAAGAACUCUUGAACAAGUUUAA